CUCACUGAUCAACUUCAUUGGGUUUACUUUCUACUUGCCUGUUUUCUCCCGAGGCCCACCGAUUAUUUACUCUAAUUACCUAAACAUGAUCGAAGAAAAUGAGUCUGGCACAAAUGCCGACCUAUUAAAACGCGCCGAAAAAUUACUGAAUGAACUAGUGCGAUUGACCGGUACGGGUUUCUUGGUCGUUUUUAUGAUGCAUUUCUUAUAUACAGACGCUGUUAUUGAUGAUCCAUAUCUCCUAAGUCAAUUGAAUGGAUGGCCACUUUAUGGAAUGAUCCUAGGCUCAAUUUUGUAUUUUUCACAUGUGCACAUGAUGGCGUAUCAACUGGGCGGUGCAUUGGCUCGUUUCGAUCGAAUCAAUGCUCCAUCGAAACCAAAAUGCCUCUUUCGUAUGCACAAAAAUUCACUUACAUGGCGAUAUUUCGAUAAAGGAUUAUAUGACUUUGUGCUCAAGUACAUUCAUAUUCCAACCAGCAAUUUGAAGUCCAAAUGGAAUAAAUGCGGUCGAUUGUUUGUGUUCAUUUUUGUAACAUGUUGGCAUUGCAUUGGAAAUCGAUUGUGGGCUUUCUUUUGGGUUUGGUCGAAUUUCGGUAUUUUAUAUUUGGAAAUGCUUGGCAAACUUAUAAUCGAGUCCAAAGGUUAUAGGCGUCUGUCAAUGACUUUUGGGUCUGGGACCAUGAAACGAAUCAAUAGAGUCGUUGGCAGUCAACUACUGAUUAUCCAUAUAAGUUUAUCAAUGUUAUUUUUCUCUGGCAGCGAAAACAUUCUCAUCCACAUAAUUCACGAAACUUAUUUCAACAAUGCAAUUCGUUCGUAUUUUGUGCUAAGCCUUGCAGUGUACAGCGCUUAUCACGUUAGCGAUUUGAUUUUCCAAUACGAAAAAUCGAAGCAGCAAUCAUGUAAUGUAAGAAAAACAAAAUAA